AUGGUUUUACAGAACAACAGCUUCAGCGGCGAAAUCCCACCACAGAUCGGCAACUUGCUUCGGCUCCAUCAUCUCAUUCUUAGUAACAACUCAUUUGGCGGGUCGAUACCAUCCAAUCUUUCCCGCUGCUUGGAGCUUAGGAUCUUGAAUCUCAUAGAUAACCAACUUGUAGGGGGAAUUCAUUCCAAUCUUGGUUCUUUACCAAGGCUUAAAAUCUUGGGCUUGACCAAGAACAAUCUUGUAGGUCCUAUUCCUCCUUCGAUGGGAAACCUUUCGCAGCUAGUACAGCUAUCCCUGGGAUUAAAUGCAUUUCAUGGAGAAAUUCCUAAGGAAUUUUCGAGACUCGAGAGGUUGUUACUUUUCCAAGUAGGAUUUAACAAACUAGCCGGCGAGAUUCCACCUGGGAUUUUUAACAUCUCCUCCCUCUAUAUGUUCUCCGUUGCGUGGAACCAAUUGCGGGGAAGCUUUCCCUCUGAUAUCGGCGCCACUCUUCCUUCUCUCUAUUUCCUAGGAGCCUCCCAUAACUUGUUGACCGGGACAAUUCCGUCAUCGUUAACGAAUGCCACCAGCCUUAAGAAACUUAUGCUUUUCAACAACAGUUUCCAUGGGCCAAUACCGAAAAACCUGGGAAGGCUAAAGGGCCUCGAAUUUUUUGUCUUGGGUUUUAACCGGUUGCAGGAUGACUCAAGUUUUAUUUCUUCUUUAGCUAAUUGUUCCAACUUAGAAUUUCUCGUGGUAUCCUCGAACUUGAUUCAUGGAUCGUUGCCAAGAUCCAUCUCCAAUCUCUCCACGAGCAUUAAGCUAAUUGAUCUGUCAUACAAUCGGAUCCAAGGAACUAUUCCUUCAGCCCUUGGAAAUCUCUUCAACUUGUCUCUCUUGAAUUUAGAGAAUAAUUUCCUAACUGAUCGCCUUCCUGAUUCCAUUGGAGCACUUUACAGCUUGCAGGAAAUUUCUUUGGCCAAAAACAUGUUUACCGGAGGGAUACCAUCUUCAAUUGGUAACAUGACGUUGUUAAAUGUCCUUUUGCUUCGAUCCAACAAUUUCCAAGGUUACAUACCACAAAGUCUCGGCAACUGCAAGCAACUAACCGUGUUCGAUCUUUCGAACAAUAAACUAAUUGGCUCGGUUCCGGCCGAAAUCGUGGGGCUUUCUUCCUUGUCGAUCGUCUUCAAUUUAGCCCAUAAUAAUUUAAGUGGAACUCUUCCUUUGCAAGUUGGGUCUUUAAUAAAUCUCGCCGAAUUAGAUCUAUCUUACAACAGAUUGACCGGCUUAAUUCCGGCCUCCAUCAGUACGUGCUUGAGAUUGGAACGGCUUUACUUAGAAGCUAAUUCCAUUCAUGGUCUAAUCCCCCAAGCUUUACGUCCAUUACGGGGUCUAGAAGAGCUGGAUCUUUCCAAUAAUAAUUUUUCUGGUCCAAUCCCGAGCUUUCUUGCAGAGCUCUCACUGCUCAAGUACUUGAAUAUCUCCUUCAAUGAACUAGAAGGGCAAGUCCCAGAGGGUGGAGUUUUUCUUAAUGCAAGUGCUGUAUCACUUUCUGGAAAUGGGGAACUCUGUGGAGGCGCUCCAGGUCUGAAGCUUCCUCUUUGUAAAUCACCAAGCUCUAACAAGUCUUCUUCAACCAAGGCCAUAGUGAUAUGUGUGGUAGCUGUCAGUUUAUCAUGUGUAGCUUUAUUGUUCUUGUCUAUGCUCUGUUACUACAAAAAGAAGCAUACGAGAACCAAUGCCUCGACGUCAUUAUCCUUCGGGCAACAAUUCUUAAGGAUUUCUUAUGAAGAACUCCUAAGAGCUACUGACAGAUUCUCCGAGACAAAUUUGAUUGGUAAAGGGAGAUAUGGCACAGUUUAUAAGGGGAUUCUUGACAGCGGUGCCACAGUGGCAGUGAAGGUGCUCAAUUUAAUGCAAGGAGGUGCUUUGAGGAGCUUUGUCUCCGAAUGUCAAACUCUAGGAACCAUUAGACAUCGAAACCUCGUUAAGAUAUUAAGUGUAUGUUCGGGCAUUGAUUUUCGUGGCAAUGACUUCAAAGCUCUAAUAUACGAGUUCAUGGCUAAUGAGAGCUUGGAGGAGUGGCUGCACCUUGAGACUACAGGACGAGAUGAUGAGCAUGGCGAAUCGAGAAAUUUGAGACUAGUGCAGAGGUUAAACAUCGCCAUGGACAUAGCUACUGCGAUCGAAUAUCUCCACAAGGGUUGUUAUCCUGCAAUCGUCCAUGGAGAUCUGAAGCCAAGUAAUGUGCUUCUAGACAACGACAUGGUGGCUCGAGUUGGAGAUUUCGGGCUUGCAAAGAUCAUUUCAACGGCGUCUGCCAAAGCCACAGGAGUUCAAGACCAAGACAAUUCGACUUCAAUCGCAAUUAGAGGAUCUGUUGGCUAUGUGCCUCCUGAGUAUGGCAUGGGACACAAGGUUUCCACGGUUGGGGAUGCAUACAGUUAUGGCAUUCUAUUAUUGGAGAUGUUCACUAGGAAGAAGCCCACUGAAGAGGCUUUUGGGUACAGUCUUAACCUUCAUAGCUUUGUCAGAAUGGCUCUUCCGGAUCGAGCAAUGGAAAUUGUUGACUUAAGGCUUUGGAGUGAAGCUGGAGAUCAACAACACGAGAACAGGAUUAGAGAUUGCAUAAUCUCCGUAUUCGAAGUUGGAGUCGCAUGUUCAAUGGAAUCACCCUCGGAUCGUAUGGAUAUGACCGAGGCGAUCAGGAAAUUAUGCUUGAUCAAGGCGAGUUAUGAAACCAAGGAGAGGAGGACAGGUAUGUAG